UCCCGUACAUGACGUCUCUUGGAUGUUUAGUGACGUCCCCGUUUCUGAAAUGGUAUUUUCCAAGAUGGCGCUGGGAAACGGAGUCAAGUGAUGACACGGAGCAAACCAUAACGCCGGGCAGAGUGUUUUCCCGCUACGCUUUUCAUCUGUUGCCCACUAAAGGUUUACAAGACGAUGAUGAGGGAAUGUCAAGGCCCUGCUGCUUUGCUAGGAACUUAAGUUAAUAUUUAAAAGUCGUUAAUGUUACCCAUCUUUAACUAGAAAAAGUAAAGGCGAAUCUGCAAGUCAAGUGGAUUUAUUACUAUUAUUUUUUUAUGUUUUUGUGUUUAUUUUAUAUGUUCGCGUUUUAGACUUUAAAUAACCUUAAAGGGAGUCGUUUAUUUUUUAAUUGUGGAAAAGUCCCGGUACUUUAAGGAGGCUGAAGACAGGAGGAGAGGCGUCGUCUUUACUUUUUAACGCAAUGGCUCAAAUUCCGAGUGGAGUCCCGGGGGUUCAGAAUCUGAACGCCGAUCCAGAGCAGAUGUUCACUAAACUGGACAGGAUCGGGAAGGGCUCUUUCGGAGAAGUCUUCAAAGGCAUCGACAAUCAGACUCAGAAAGUUGUGGCUAUCAAAAUCAUUGAUCUGGAGGAGGCAGAGGAUGAAAUUGAAGACAUUCAGCAGGAGAUCACAGUUCUGAGCCAGUGUCACAGUCCUUUCAUCACCAAGUACCAUGGAUCUUAUCUCAAGGGUACCAAGUUAUGGAUCAUUAUGGAAUACUUGGGUGGAGGAUCAGCUCUUGAUUUGCUGGAACCGGGUCCUCUAGAUGAAACCCAGAUCGCUACAAUCCUGAGAGAAAUCCUUAAAGGUCUGGAGUAUUUACACUCUGAGAAGAAAAUCCACAGAGACAUCAAAGCUGCUAACGUGUUGCUGUCGGAACAAGGCGAGGUCAAACUGGCAGACUUCGGCGUGGCGGGUCAGCUGACAGACACUCAAAUCAAGAGGAACACUUUUGUAGGAACGCCUUUCUGGAUGGCCCCUGAGGUCAUAAAGCAGUCGUCCUACGACUCAAAGGCAGACAUCUGGUCUUUAGGAAUUACCGCUAUAGAACUGGCUAAAGGCGAGCCCCCCCACGCUGACCUGCACCCCAUGAAGGUGUUGUUCCAAAUCCCGAAGAACAAUCCACCUACGCUGGAAGGAAACUACAGCAGAGCUCUGAAAGAGUUCAUCGAGGCCUGUUUGAAUAAAGAUCCGAGCUUCAGACCUACCGCCAAAGAACUGCUAAAACACAGAUACAUCAUGAAGCACGCCAGAAGGACAACCUUCCUGACGGAGCUGAUUGACCGACACAACCGAUGGAAAACUCAGCGGUCCAAAGAUAAAUCCAGCUCAGACGACUCUGACGAGGAGCUGGACAACAGGGCGUCUGCAGAAGACGGCUAUGACUUUUCAUUCCCUAAUAGUCUCCCAGGUCCAGAUGAGCGCCAGAAUGGACUAGAACGACCCGCUGCCUCAGUAAACCAGGAGAGUCCAAAACGACAUCUGUCUCAAAGCCUGUCGACAAUCUUCUCUCCACUGUUCUCAGAGUUGAAAGCAAAAGGCGGAAAAAGCAACGGAAGGGCAGAAGCUGCAGAGGAGCUGAAGAAGGAGUUUUUCAGCGCCGAGGACAAACAUCCGGGGAUCUGUGACUCGCUGGUGGCUGAGCUGCUGCAGAGACUCCAGAGGUUUUCCGGGCUUCAUGCUGCUGCCACUCUGUGAAGGAACCAACGCCCAGCUCUCCUUCUUUUCCAUCACGGAGGCAGUUUUUCAAACUGUGACGUUUCCCAGGAAGAUCUCCGUCCUCCCUGCUUAAAGCAUGUGAAUUCUUGAACUUUAGCGCUUAAGGAGUUUGGGGGACGAGUUCUGAACUCUUUUGAUGAGUUUGUUGCUUUGGUUUGAUCAUGUGAGUCUGUUGGAGACGGAUCCGCAGCAGAAAUCAGAUAGAAUCUUCUGGAAAAUGUAAAGAAGUUCUUUCUAUCACAGUGUGACUGAACAGACUCACUUCUACUGAUUUGAUAAAUGACAUGUGGACCACUGUAUUAAAAAAAAACCCAUGCAAAGCACAUGAUUGUAAAAUGUUUGAAACAAAUGAGAUUGCAUUUCUUUUUAUUGUUUAAAUUGUUUUGUAGUUGUUCACUGUGAAUCAAUCUUUAACUGCUGGAAAAGUACUUUGUGUUUCUGAGGUUUUACUAGUUCAAACACUGGAAGAUGUUUUCAUUUUUCAGGAAUAAAUCCUCGUUUUUCGAUCUAAACUGUCUCUCCGCUGUAAUUGCACUUUGAAUGUGAAUGCCUUUGAUUGAUGCAUAAAAGUAGCAUGAAGGUUGCAGUAUUUUGACUUUCUAGGAUUUUGUUUCUAGUGUAAACAUGAUUGGAACAUGCGUUUAGCUGCUUCUGACGGUACUUUAUAAAGAAUGUGCAUGAGGUGUGACGCUGAGCUGUAUGUGUUGUAGCAUACUUAAACCAGAUCAGAUUUUUUGAUAAAUGAAAAGAGUAAAAUUAGUUUUAAAGCAUUUGCUCUGAAACAGAAAAUGCACCUAUGAAGAAAACCUAAUAUUCUGUGACGAUCCUUUCAUUUUUUUGCUGACAAGACGUGAGCACAAACAGUUUAACUUUAGACGAUAAUUGUAUAUUUUUUGUGCACCUGUACUUGCUAAUGCAAUCAACACGUUUUGCCUUAUAAUCUACCAGAUGACGCCUUUAAUUUUGUAUUUAUUAAUUAUAUAAUUAGUGCUGCUCGAUGCAAAAAUAAGCACAAAUGUUUAUUUUACUUUUUUUUAUGUCAUCCAAUGCAUUGUUGCAUUUCAAUAAUAAAAGUGUUCAUUUCUCUGGAAAA